AUGAAGUCGCUCUGGGGUCGCUUCAAGCCCGCCCAAGCUGGCCCGAGCACGUCACGCCCGUCACCCGACGUCGCUGUGGCGGACCGUUCCGACGACACCAUCAAGGUCGGCAAGACGCGCUCGUUCCGCCGCCCAAGACUCACCGAUGUGCAUACAGAGACGCCCACCUCGGCUAGCGGCGAUGCAGAACACUCGCACUCACACGACUAUUCGACUAUAUCACACUCGUCCCUCACCAAAGAGCUCCCACCGCGUCCGGUAACCCCGGGUGCCCUUGCCAACCUCAGCCCACCCGUGUCUCCCAAGGACAGCCAUGACUUGCCCAACGCCAUCGAGGAAUGGCGCGCGCAGCAAGCGCGCGCCUCGAACUCGACCGACAAUGUCAAGAAGGUUGCGUUCCAGUCACCCCAAAGGCCUCAUGGCACCAACUCGGAUGGCGACUUGCGGGGGAGAGCGGCUGGAAGUGCUGGGCCCUCGCGUCAGCGCGAACACUCGCCAACGUCACGCUCGUCCUCGCGAAACUCGGUGCACGGCUCGACUCCCCUAGACAUGCGACGGGGCUCUGCGUCGACGUCGCAAGCUAGUCUGACGCAUAUGGCACAUUCGCCCACUAAAAGCACGCUCUCGCAAGUGACGCUCGCCCCGAGCGAGAGCAGUGCAACGAGCGCACAGAGCUACAUUCCUCUGCCAGAAAGUUGGACCGCCGCGAUGGACGACGAACUCAUUGCCAACCUUGGUCCUCGUGAACGAGCGCGCCAAGAGGUCUUGUGGGAAAUCGUCAACUCGGAGGAACGCUAUGUGCAGGAUCUCGCCAAGCUCAAUGAAACAUUCUGCCUCGCCCUACUACCUGCGCGCGAAUCGCCGCCCCUGGGCCUGGGAGACCCUCUGGUCCUGACGCGCACGACGUCACCCGUCACAAGCUCGGGCUCUCACGACAUGCAAGAUUUUUUGCCCAUUGCGUCCCAGUAUUCUGCGGCCCGCCAGAGCACGGACUCGUUUCGCUCCGACGACGAAUCGUCGGCGGCGAGAAUGAACGCCCUCGCCGCCCUGACAAGAAGCACCGUGUCUUCGCAACCCUCAUCGCACCCACAAACCAUCUCACACAACGCACACGACCGCAACCAUGGUGGCCGCUUACACGGGCAGGCACGCACGCUGCCGCUCAAUAGGGCGUCGCGCGGCAACCUCCAGAAUAAGGAUGACGGCCACUCGCGCAUUACGUCUCGAUCGAGCAUCUCGUCCAUGCUCAACGGGCCUAUGACGCUCCCCGACGAUCUCGAGCAGGUGCUUACUUCCAUCUCGUCAGGCAUCCUCCAGGGGCAUGUCAAGCUUGUCACGGCCCUUCGCAAACGAUAUGACGAGCAGUUUCCGCUGGUGCGCUCGCUGGCGGACGUGUUUAUCUCUCACUCCGACAUCCUUCGCGAGUAUGCCACGUACAUCCUGCACCUUGAGCGCGCGCUCGCACAGAUUGACGAGGCGGCGGCGUUGUCGGCGUCGAUAGCCACUGGCAGCCGCAGCCGUCGGAGCUCGCGUCGACUCGAGGAGACGCAGCAGGGCCGCCUCAGCAAGAGGCUUGCGCAGCUUGAGGAGCUUGCUGCGCAGCGCGGGGAGGCUGGCAUGGCCAUUUCCUUAUCCAAGCCGUUCCAACGUCUGCUCAAGUACCCGCUCCUCUUCCAGAACCUGCUGUUCAACACGUCGCCUUCGACACGCGAAUACGAGGCCACGCUCGCAAUGGUUGACGAAGUUGAAACGAUUGUGCGAAGCAUCGAGGACGAGAAAUCGUCGUCUGAGGAGCGUGAGCGCGCGCGUGAUGCGUGGGCACGUAUCGAGGGCAUCGAGCGCCACAAGCAACUUAUGGCACCCAAGCCCACUCGCCUGCUUGUGUCGGAGACCCUCGUUCCACCCACGGAGAAGAAGGGCAAGGCGUCGCACCGGUUGAGCGAGAUGCUCAAGUACCGCAACAUGGAGCAGUGGAUUGUUCGCUUUACGGACGUGUCGCUGCUCUGUGAACGAACCGGGUACACGUCUCUCCCUACGUCGUCCAAGAACCGACUCAAGUCCGAGUCGCAGACGGACCUGAGUAUACGCCGCUUGAGCUCGUCCAAGCGCGGACAAAGCUUGAAGCAGCGCAACAUGUACCGCUUCCUGAAGGUGUACGAGUGGCAUGAGCGGGUGCUCAAGCCCGAGACGCCACCACCGCGCCUCAGCCUCGACUACAAGCGCACAUCUCUCGACGUAAUGCGUCGCGCCAGCGUUGACCACUACCGUCGCCCAAGUCUCGACCACCACCCGACGCUCGAUAACCUGCUCGAAACGCCGCGCGCGACCGGCUCUGCUGUCACACCGCGCAAGGUGCCGAUGAAAACAGUGGACGGGAGUCCGAGCAAGCUGACUCCGCGGCGGCGCGCCAGCAGUCCGGCACGCACCGACGAUGCGCAGAGCGAAGUCAUGAGUGUUAUGUCGUUCGCGUUCCGCGGCGAGGCGCGACCCCUGGCCCGUGGGAGCAUAGGCCGCGCCCGCGGCGGAGCCACGAUGGGCGGGCCAUCGCAGCGCACGACGAAGCUGGCUGAGCGCAGGGCCAGCGGGAACAUGAGCAGCUCGGCAGCGGCGAACGCCAAGUUUGCACACCGACUGCGCUCGAGCGAGGAGCUUUCGCAGUCUGCUCCGACUAUCCGCCCGGCGUCGCGGGUGCGCCGCUCCCUUCCGCCUGCGAUGGCGCUCACGCCUGCCGGCGGACGGCGGACCACCACGCCCGCCUCUCAGCGCCCACCGUGGAACAACAGCAUGCGGCCGAUCAGCGCGCGUGAGGAGCGCGAGCUCGAGCAGGACAAGGAGCGCCGUCCUCCGUCGGCCACAAAGGUGCGCCCAAAGCGGCCCGAAAGCGCGGCGGCACGCUCCCGCUCCAGUGCGAGUGAGCGCGAGCCCUUCGGCGAUGCGGCGAAUGGCAAGGACAAGAUGAGCGAUGCGAGUAGCGCGAGCAGUCGCGCGGCCAAUGCCACCAUUAGGGGGCCGCCGAUUGCCAAGGCCAAUGGUGGAGUGAAGGCGAAGGGCCGUGGGAGUGACAUUGAGAAUGUCCCCCAGGAAGAGGAGGUGCCGCUCGAGCAGCAGAAGGGCUCAACCGCCGUCUCGGUGAGCAAGACGAAUGUCGAGGUUGUGGUCGACAAGGCGGACAAGCCCGCGGCCAAGACGCUUACUGGGGUCGCGGCACGCAUUGCCGCGCUCGAGGGACGCAACCGCGGUCGGCACAUAUAA